AUUGGUUCAUCACCAUCUCAUUGUGCUCUUCUUUGGAGGUGUGGAUUUGUGUUGGGUCCCCCUCUUUCUCUCGAAACUUUUCGUUCUCUUCUUCUACCCCGAUUUAGGGUUAGGGUUUUCAGUUCCGAUUCAAUGGCCUCCUCAUCUGUUGAGUACCGUUGCUUUGUGGGUGGCCUAGCCUGGGCCACUGAUAAUCAUGCCUUAGAGAAGGCUUUCUCUUCCUUUGGCGAGAUCGUUGAAGCCAAGAUCGUGAACGAUCGUGAAACUGGAAGGUCGAGGGGAUUUGGAUUUGUGACGUUUGCCGAGGAAGAGUCCAUGAGAAGUGCUAUUGAAGCGAUGAAUGGACAGAAUCUCGAUGGACGUAGUAUUACUGUUAAUGAGGCUCAGCAAAGAGGCGGCGGUGGCGGUGGAGGUUACAACCGUGGUGGUGGUGGUGGAGGUGGAUACGGCGGACGUCGUGAAGGAGGUGGCGGUGGAUACAACCGCGGCGGAGGUGGAUACGGUGGUGGUGGAGGUGGAUACGGUGGAGGUGGUUAUGGUGGAGGAGGAAGAGACCGUGGAUACGGUGGUGGUGAUGGUGGCUCCCGUUACAACCGGGGAGGCGGUGGCGGUGGUGGAUCUGAAGGAGGCUGGAGAAAUUAGGCUAAAAUUUACGAAUUAGCUUUUUGUUUUUGAAGUACUGGUGUGUCGAAAAAAAAUCUUAGCAGCCUCUUUCAUUAUCAAUUUGCGACUGUUUCUGUAUUUCGUUUGGGUGCUCUCUUUUUUGACCGAUUACCGAUGGGUUUCGUUCUUGUUCCUCAUUAUCACUAUGUUACGAUGAAGAAAAAAUUGACAUAAAAAAAUUUAGAUAUCUCUUCGUUCU